UCAUUCCUCACGAUCGAAGAACUCGGAAGAAGAGUGACGCCACAGCCCAAAGGAAAGACGACAUUUUAUCAGAAUCGCGCGUCCACGGCAUGUGUAAGAAGUUUUGUAUAAAAUUCAUUAUUUUUACCAUACACGUUUUUCGGAAUAUCAUCUCGUAAAAGAAAAUUUAUACGUUUUGACCAGACUUUUCACAACCAUAUCUGACAUCUAUAAGUCAUCUGUAAGUCGUAAUUAUGAGUUACAGCUACAUUAAAUCCAGUUCUAGUAUGAGUUCCCGUGGACGUGGAUUUAGUUCACGGGGAGGUAGUUCUUAUAGAGGACGAGGUGGUGGUAGUGGGAAUGAAUGGAACAGUGGUUCAACAGGAGGAAAUAUGUCUAGUAGAGGAGGUUAUUCUUCUUCCAGAGGAGGAAGAUUUAAAUAUUCAACAACUAGUUAUGACUCUCGUUCAAAAUAUAAUUCUGGUGGAUCCGAAAGAUAUUCGAGUAGAGGUGGAAGAGGUGAACAUUCGAACAGUUACAAAAGACCUAGGGAUUCUUAUUCUGGAAGAGACGAACACAGAUCAUCCAGUGAUUCGACCCGUAAAAGGAUGAGAAGUGAUUCCUACCAGCGACGAGCCAACGGCUACUUGAACACCCAUUCUUUUUGCGUUGGGACACUACUGGUGGAACACUGCGAAAACAUCACAUAAUUAAAAGAUGAAAUACACCUAGAUGGUACUUAUAUUGUUGCCUGCACACAGUUGCGUUAAAUAUUGAGAACAACCUGCAAAAUAUCAGAACGAACAGAUGGAUAGAUAAAUAUAUAUAAUAUAUAUAUAUAAAAUAUAAAAAAGUAUGAAUUUUAAAAUACUGACAUUGCAUCUGUAUUGUUCUUUAUAUAAAGCAAUAUGUGCAAUUGAACCAGUUUCCUGCACAAUGCAGAUCAGUCAUUGAAAUGUUGACAGCAUCGCUGCAUUGCCACACCGCACAAAUUUCUAACAAAUCGCUGCGUCAUGCAGUUUUCUAAAUUACAUCAGUUCAGAAUAUUCAUUGAGAGAAUGAAAUAAAUUGUCAAUAAUGUCAAAGUAAUCAUAGACCUUUCCAAUGUAAUGGAACAUGCAUCCUGCGUUACAUUCAGUUAACAAUGACUGAGAGACAUCAAACUUUUUUACAUACAUAACUCUGCCUUGUACGCACAGGUAGACUUUGAAACUAACUACAUGCUGGAAAGCUUUGCACUGCAGUGGAGAUACACAAAGUAUUUUUCUAUUGUGUACCUUAUCCUUAAAGAAAAUACUGUACAAGGAUAUAUUAUUAGAACUACAAUUUUAUUAGUUUUAUUUGGUUUUAUGGUCCAUACGUGAGAUAUAUAUAUAUAUGUAUAUAUAGAACAUUAUAUGAAUAAACACUUUACAAAUAAGAGUAUGUAAAAACGCAUCUAUCCUUAUAUCAUUCAAAUUGGAAAGGUCUAUCUAUCAGCAAUUAAUCCAGAAUCAUGCAGAAUUCAAUUUAUUCAAUACCUUCGAGGACGUGAAAACGCUGGUCAUAGCUACUAUUCAGAGAUCAUGUCAGCCAACGAAUAUGGCAAGGAUAAUGCUAUUAAUGUUUUUUGAAAAGUAAAGAUCCUUUUUACAUAAAUAAAAUAGAAAGUAAAAGCGGUAUUUAUAUUUGAAGUAUGAGAGUUAAAGCAUAACUUAGGUGCUUUUCAAUAGUAGGGAAAAUUCAAAAGAGUAUGUAUUUUGGUGAUCCAACGGGAAUGGGUGUAGUGACCGUAACGGUGCAAGGUUGGACGAUUUUGUACUAGACGAUUGGCACUGUAAUGAGAGGUAAAUAAGGGAGUGCGAAAGAAUGGAUAAAAUGGAAUAAAAGAAAAAAAAAGUAA